AUGUUCGGUUUUUCACUUAAAAGUCAAAUUUUAUAUAACAAUUGUGGUACAACAAUAAUGCAAACAAACGAAAAAAAAAGAAUAAAAUAUUCACAUGCUGUUGCUGCUACAGGCUUAGGCGGUGGUAUUUCACAUCAUGCAAUACAAAGCAUUUUAUCUAUUUUUGGAGUUACUUUACAAUCUUGCAAAAAAAGUUAUUAUACAUAUCAAAAAAAAUGUCAAGAAGUGCUAGAGGAAUUGCGAAAAAGAUUAGAAAAUGAGAAUAUAGAUAUAUUUUUUGGAAAAAUAGCUUCAGAAGAUAAGGAUCGAGUAUUAGAAAAAUGGAAUCAUGGAACUGCACGAAUAAUAAUCACAACAACGGUGUUUGUACAAGCACUUUGGAAUUAUAAUAAGUGGAAUUUGAACUCCACAUUAAAGCCCUGUAAUCUCUGUGAUAAUUGUUAUAUGCGAAAUAAGGAAAAUGCAAAACUUAUUGAUGUAUCAACUAAAGUAUUAGAAAUGUUAGAUAUAGUGGAGACACUUACAACCCAAUUUGAGUAUCAAAUUAUUCCUAAAGAUGUUAUUUCUGUUUUUAAUUGUGCAAAUACUAUUAGGUUUAUAGCUCAAAUUAUUUUGUAUAACUUGGUGAUAAAAGAAGAAGAAGCAAAAUCACAGGCAGCUUUGCAGGAAUGGUCUUACUGGGUGCGAGG